CAUAGUUACGUUUAGUUUACGAAUUGAUGAAUGGUUUUAUAGUUGUAGUGAAUGUGACCAUGUUCAUUUCAUUUCAUACAUCUGUCGAAGUGGUAAACGAUUAAAAGCAACAGAAGUGAUGGCGAGCGAAGACAAGUUGACUCGACUGGCGAUCGUCUCGACCGACAAAUGUAAGCCCAAAAGGUGUGGACAGGAGUGCAAGAAGUGGUGUCCAGUCGUACGGAUGGGGCGGUUGUGCAUCGAAGUGACGGCCAGUCAUACGAGCGCUGCGAUUAGCGAACACUUGUGCAUCGGGUGUGGUAUUUGCGCGAAGAAGUGUCCGAUGGGUGCCAUACAUGUGGUGAAUGUGCCGACAGACCUGAGCCGAGACACAACCCAUCGGUUCGGACCAAACGCUUUCAAAUUGCAUCGAUUGCCGACUCCUAGAGCGGGACAGGUGUUGGGUUUGGUGGGCGCCAACGGCACCGGAAAAUCGACAGUUCUUAACAUACUGUCCGGUAAACUGACCCCCAAUUUGGGUCGUUACGGUUCAGACGCUCCUGAUUGGCCUCAAAUUGUGUCACAUUUCCGCGGCUCUCAACUCCACAACUACUUCAGCCGUAUAUCUAAGGAUAACAUGAAAGCUGUAAUUAAGCGCCAAUUUGUGGACCAAAUACCAAAAGCGGUGUCGGGAGUGGUGUCCGCAUUACUCGACCACAAGAAUGAUAGGCAUAACAAAGAGGACGUCUGCCGAGCAUUAGAUCUCUCGCCAGAGAUUUGCGGCCGAAAUGUGAGUGAAUUGAGUGGAGGAGAACUGCAACGGUUUGCCAUCGCUAUGGUAUGCAUACAAAGGGCUGAUGUCUUCAUGUUUGACGAGCCCUCCAGUUAUCUGGACGUCAAACAGAGGCUCAAAGCGGCACAAGUCAUACGAGAGCUGAUCCAAGAGAACACGUUUGUCGUUGUCGUUGAACACGACUUAUCUGUUUUGGAUUAUCUGUCGGACUAUAUCUGUUGUCUGUAUGGCGUUCCCGGCGCUUAUGGUGUCGUAACACUUCCCAUAUCCGUCGGCAAAGGUAUUAAUAUAUUCCUCGACGGCUACUAUCCGACAGAGAACUUGCGGUUCAGGGAUUCGGCGCUUGACUUCAAAGUGUCUGAAACAGGGGAUGAAAAACAAGUGAAGCGAUUGCGUAGACAUGAGUACCAGACAAUGGUUAAGCGAUUUGGACAGGCAUUUGAGUUGACGGUGCAAUCGGGCGCAUACACUGAGUCUGAGAUAAUUGUUUUAUUGGGAGAGAACGGGACGGGAAAGACUACAUUCAUACGAAUGCUUGCGGGGCAUCUCAAACCAGAUGGGACGGACAGUACGGGCCCUACACUUGCUAUCAGUUAUAAGCCACAGAAGAUUAGCGCAAAAUUUGAUGGAAAUGUCAGAAAGUUGUUGACGGAUAAGAUGAGUGACACCUUCAUUGACCCCCAAUUUCAGGCAGAAGUUGUCAAACCCCUGCAGAUCGACAACAUUAUAGACCAGGAAGUGGUGAACCUGUCGGGAGGGGAACUCCAGAGAGUGGCUCUGGUGUUGUGUUUGGGUCGACGGGCGGACGUCUACUUGAUUGACGAGCCGUCGGCUUAUUUGGAUUGCGAGCAGCGUUUGGUCGCCGCGAAAGUCAUCAAAAGGUUUUUACUUCACUCCAAGAAAACUGGUUUUAUAGUCGAACACGACUUCCUUAUGGCCACAUAUCUGGCCGAUCGAGUGGUCGUGUUUGAGGGCCAGCCGUCCGUCAAGACUGUGGCCACGAGUCCGCAGACACUGUUGUCGGGAAUGAAUAGAUUCUUGAGAUCCGUGAACAUUACGUUCAGAAGGGAUGCGACAAACUUUAGGCCGAGAAUUAAUAAAUUGAAUUCAAUUAAAGACAUUCAACAGAAGAAAAGUGGCAAUUAUUUCUUUCUGGACUGAAACACCACUCAAUGGACAUAAGAUUGUCAUUUGACGGUCUAAUCGUCCCCAUAAUUGUCGACCAACUCCACAGACUGCAACUAAAACCUAAACCUCAGAAUUGGGUUUCAUAUUAGACUGCAAUUCUUACAAUAGGUCUAACAGUUAGACUCUAACUUAUGGUCAGGGG